AUGGAGGCUGCGAUCGAGAGGAUCGGUACCGGCGAGGACUUCCUUCUGGCCAUCCGUGACAUAUACGCGGGAGCGACGUCAUCGGUGAGUGUGGCAGGAGGGCUGACCAACGAUAUUCCAAUGAGGUCGGGCAUCAAGCAGGGGUGCCCGCCGAGUGGUCUUCUUUUAAUUUUAGCUAUCAACCCGGUUGUAGGGCGAGUCCGUCGACCACUGGGUGCUUGCGUUGAUGGACGACUUGUGCCUCAUAGCCGACAGCCCGGGAGAGCUCAAUUGACGUGGCCCACAGUGGCCUGGACAUGCUUGGGUUCCAGCUCAAUGCGGCCAAGUGCGCGUCGCUGCACCUGUCUUGUCGACUGCCGGUGGGUGUCCGGGACACGCAGUUUCUGCUGCGAGGUUCCCCCUUCGUCCGCUUUCCGAGGGCGAAGCGGUAACCUUCCGCGGCGCCCAGGUUGGGUUCAACGCCGUUACGCCAUUGUCCACCCUCGCUGA